AUGGGCGGCGGUACAAUGGCGUCAGCAGCGAGGAACCAUUCGGGCACCGUAGACAUCCUCAUCCUGGGCGCUGGCUGGACUUCAACCUUCCUGAUUCCCCUGUUAGAUCAGCAGAAGAUUUCAUAUGCAGCGACUACAACUACUGGUCGAGAUGGAACGUACAAGUUCAGGUUUGACAUUGUUGAACACGAAGACAACCCCGAACAAUAUGCUGCUCUUCCAGACGCGAAGACGAUCCUCGUCACUUUUCCGUUGAAGGGAAAAGGCCAGAGCACGCAUCUUAUCACAUCUUACAUCCAAAACCAUGGUUCCCAGAAGAGUGACCCCAACUUCAUUCAAUUGGGUAGCACUGGAAUUUUCUCCAUCGAAAACCAGGAUACUUGGGUCACGAGACACUCAAAGUACGACAAAUCCAAUCCCCGAGCCAUUGCUGAGGAUGAACUUCUUUCGCGCGGUGGCUGUGUACUGAAUCUCUCCGGGCUAUGGGGAGGAGCCAGGCAGCCGAAGAACUGGAUCGAUCGCGUGGCAUCGACCAAAGAACAGCUGAAGGGGAAGAAUUCAUUGCACAUGAUACAUGGAGAGGAUGUGGCUAGGGGGAUUAUCGCGGUUCAUCAAGAGUUCAGUGCAGCCCAAAGUGAACGAUUCAUACUAACUGAUCUCAUUGUCUACGACUGGUGGACUGUGAUCCUUGGAUUCUCAGGGGAAUUGGAUGCCGAAAACGCAAACUCCGAGAGGGAAAAAUCUCAGAUCAAGUGGAUAGGAGAGUUGAUGGAGGAGCAAAAUAUCAGGGCCUUGCCAAGAUCAAUGGAGCAGUUGGGGAGAUGUUAUGAUUGCCGGGAGUUCUGGACUACAUUCGGUAUCAUGCCUGUGAGAUCAAGAAUCUAG